AUGAAAAUGAUAUUACAAUAUUUUAUAUGCAUAUUCAUGAUAAUUGGAAUAAAUCAUAGUCAACCAGUCUAUAGACAAUCCAGCGACUGCCCAGGUAAUCUUCAAUGGAGUAAAACAGGAACGACAAUCAUGGGCAACGGUGAUGGUUCAAGACCAGAUCAAUUGGCAUUUGCUCAAGGCUUAUUUAUUGAACCGACAACACAAAUUUUAUAUGUAGCUGAUGUUAGCAAUAAUCGUGUUCAAAAACGUUAUCCAGAUGGUAGAAUAGAAACAGCUGCUGGUCAAUCAAAUGGUGCAAGUGGAUCAUCAUCAGAGAAACUAUCGGGUCCAAAGGAUGUCGUUGCAGAUCAAGAUGAAAAUGUCUUUGUUGCUGAUUGGAGUAAUCAACGAAUUCAAUAUUGGGAAAAAAAUGCUCAAAGUGGAAAAACAGUAGCUGGAACUGGCACACGUGGUUCAGCAUUAAAUGAAUUCAGUUAUCCAAGUCAAGUUUUAAUUGAUUCAAAAACAAAUAUAAUAGUUGCUGAUUUACAAAACCAACGUGUUGUACAAAAGCCCUUUGCACAAGAUCCAAAAACGUCUAAUAGUACAAUCAUUGCUGGUGGUAACGGUGCAGGCCUCAAUCCAUCUCAAUUAAAUAAUCCAACUGGAAUAUAUCUCGACGAACCAAAUAAUAUCUUGUACAUCUCAAACGAAGAAUCCCAUUCAGUAACACAAUGGAAUUUGGAAGCUUAUGGAAAUAAAAAUAUAUAUGCUGGCAUCCCUGGAAGACCUGGUAGUAGUGCAGCUCAAUUAAAUUCUCCACAAGGUUUAGUGCUUGAUCAAUAUGGUAAUUUAUAUAUUACUGAUUGUAUGAAUAAUCGAAUACAAAUGUUUUGUCCGGGUGCUGUAUAUGGUAUAACGAUUGCCGGUACAGGACGAAUAGGAAACAGUAGUGAAGAACUACAUUUUCCACGUGAUGUAGCGUUUGAUUCCGAACUUAAUUUAUAUGUCACAGACACAUAUAACUUUCGUAUACAAAAGUUUGAAAGAAUUCAUUGA